AUGGCCAAGAAAAAGACAGAAAAACAAAAAGACUUUGUCAAGCCCAAGCUACGGGUUGGAAAGACAAAGGCAAAGCCCGAUAAUCACACAGAUACUUCGUUUGUGGCCAAAUCCAUCUCGCUUCCCAACCAAUCCAUCGCCCAAAAGUCCGAUAAAAAUGACGAAAAAGACUUUCUUCACCAACUUUCUUUGACAAAACACCAUUCUAGCACAACCAGAAAGGAAGUUUUGAAGUCGAUUCUGCUGCAACUUCCUUCAAACCCAUCACUUUACAAGCAAAUUCUUUCAAGUAUCAUGCCUCUCGUUCACGACUCAUCUCAACAGGUUCGAGAAGAAGUUGCUUCUUUGCUUCAAAAAUGCGCCGAAACCCAGUCUGGUCUCCUCGAUUUGCACAUAACUUCCGUAAUCCUCUUCGUGCACUCGGCAAUGUCUCAUAUCCAGCCAGAUAUAAGAAGCUCAUCCACCAAGUUUUUGGACAUAGUUCUCCAGCACGCCCUGGAAGCGGUGGCUCGCUCGUACUUUGUCAAGACACUCAGAUCCUUUUUUACGAUUAUGUCGUGGAACUUGCGUGACGACAAGAAGUCUUUGUCUCUUGCAGUUACCACCAGUUCGUCAAUUGGAGGAACAUCCAAGAAAGCCAGAGUGGGCCAUUUAGCAGUACUUUUGCGGUUUUUGGAGUCCACGCUCUUCCAGAAAACGGCAGAAACCACACUGGUUCCUAUAAACUACAUCCAUCCACAAACAAGCCACUAUAUGUUGCCUACAAACCCUCAUCCAUAUGCAUCACUAAAGCUCUUCACCCAAGAAACUCCACAAGCCGACGAUAUGUUUUCGUUGGCUUCCCUAGAGUCUUUAGCCACUGACGAUUUGGAUACUCGGCGGAAAAUUGUCCAUGAUGUAUUCCAAGAACCAUUGAGGAAGAAUUUGACCAACUUGGUUAAAGAAGGCGGUGAGGUUGGACGAGAAGCCAAAUCGUGUUUGGGCGUUUUGGAUAGACUAGAAAGUUCAUGA